UGUGUUUUAAAAAUAUAUUUUCAACCAUUAAAACACCUUUGUUAAAUCCAAUAUCAAUAAAUACUGUUCAAAGAAAUAUUACACUGUUGGUAUGGUCCUAUGACCUCCGCCUGAGCAGCUUGAUACCGGUAAGCUAAGCUAAGCUAAACAACACAACGAUAUAAUGGUGAACUUCGCAGCAAUGGUGCGUGAGCACUGGGUGAACGUACUGGUCCCACUGGGCUUUGUCAUAGGUGUCUACCUGGACAGGUGGAACGAUCAGAAACUGACUGCAUUCAGGAACAAGAGCGCAUUGUACAGCAGGGAACUGAAGCCUGGUGAGGAAUACACCUGGAAGUGAAAUCCUCCUCUAUGUAUUUAUUGGACUUCCUUCCUUGCUUUCAUAAUAUCCUGUCAUGCUCAAAGCUGUAAAUGAGUUUUCAAUAACGUUUGUGAUGUACAAUAUACAGAUAUAACAAAAAAAAACCCUGUGUUUUUGUAGUACUUUCUCAUUAGCAGACAAGGUUAGAGUUUCAGUUCAGUUUUAAAUCACCUUAUACUGGACACUGUUUAAAUACCAGUUUACUCUUACUCUUCUGAGCUGAUUGUGGGAAAUGCAAAUGUGACCCUUGCUGGGGAAAAGCACUGGAAUAAUACCUUCCACAUUUAUAUUUAAUUAUGCUCAUAACGCUUAAUCAUUCAUGAUAUUCAGCCCUAUAAACUACUCUGAUGUGUCCUUUCUGACUAUCUCCCUGAUUCUUAGCGUGUGAAGCAAUAAUGAUUUGCAUCUAAACACUUUCACUGCAGAUAGAAAAAAGUUGCACAUUUCAAUCACAACAUCAAAAAAGAAUAUUUUGAUAUAUAAAAAUUCUACAUCACAAAGGCUUCAGAAAUUCAACUCUUUAUUGCAAAGGUUGUAACGUUUUCAAUCAGUCAAUUGCAAUUUUUAUCCUGAUCUCGAUUUUUAUUAAGUGAAGAAAACUGGAACAACAAAGACUUGUUCCAGACGGACGGUCAUCAGAUGGAUUCUUCACUUAGUGUUCAAAGGUUCUCUUGUGUGGAUCAGCCCUUUUGAGAACAGCAUCUCUGCCAAGGACACCUGCAGAACAACAGACAAACUUCCGAUCAGGACAAGAACUUUAACAACACUGACUUUACACAAGGAUGUGAAAAAAAACCCCUCAUCCUUAAAACAAAAAAAAAAAUGAGGCUACUGCAAAAAAAUUGGUGGAUCAGGAAAAAACUACUUAUGUUCCUGCUACGUAUUUAAAACAUUGGAAAUGGAUUUGUAUAAUAUAAACAGACAACUGUUUUUA